AUGAACAGAGGUGGCAUUUGUUUCUCUUUGCAGGGAUCCAUGACAGAUGAAAAGGCCUCAAUCUCGGUCAGAUUCGUCAGCGCGAGAGCAGCGUUGGAUGCGAAGGAGAAGGCGGCUUUAGAGCAAGCGGAGCAGAAAGGGCGCGAGCUGCUGUAUCAGAUCAAGAAGAAGAUCGCUCAGUACCAGCGCGAGAUCAGCGAGCUCCAGACAGUAGCCACUCGCCUGCAGACCCGAGCGCAGGAGAGUGACUCAUUCGCGUUCCUGCAGGGGCACCUGGAGGAGACGCGCAGGGCAGGGAGGGUUACUUUAGCUCCACCCUCAGCUCGCAGCCAACAGGACAUUGCCUCACUUCAAGUCCUGGAGACAAAAGCAGUCAAACUCCUGUACGGAUGCUCACCAACUCUGGACACAAACUCAGCUCAUAACCAACUCCAGAUCUCCUCGGAACUCAGGACGAUGAAGUGGACCGGUGUUUCCCAGGGUCGCCUCGAUCAUCCACACCGGUUUGAUGGCUGGUCACAAGCCCUGUGCAGUGAGAGCUUCUCGUCGGGCCACCACUACUGGGAGGUGGACGUGGGGGACGCGCGGUGGUGUCGGGUUGGAGUCGCGUACGGGACGAUCCCACGGAAAGGGGGUGGUGCUGCAUUGCAGCUGGGACGGAACGAUGCAUCCUGGUGUUUAGAGAAACGUGACGACAACUUCUCAGUGUUUCAUGGUGGAGUGGAGACUGCACUGUCGGUGAGGGGGGCCCCAUCCCCCCGCAGAAUCGGGCUUCACCUGCACUGGGAGGGGGGGCUCCUGGAGUUUUACCGUGCCGACUCCAUGGAGGUGAUCCACGAGGUUCGGCAGAGAUUCUUGCAGCCUCUCUACCCUGUGAUGUGGGUGGGGUAUUGUAAUGAACCAUUGAAGAUCGUGGAUCUGAGUCGUGCAUCCUGAGGAUGAGGAAAAAUAGAAACCCAAGAAACCGAGACAGAAAUCCAAGAAACUGA